UCUCCCGACUGCCGCCCGCCGUCCGCGACGUCGCCCCAACGCCCGCCGCCGUCGCCCACUCGCGCCCCAAGUCGAGGAUGCAGCGACAGGCCUGACGACGACGAGGACGACCGCCGCCACGUGUGCCUCCGCGCUUGAAGCCUCACUCCUCCACAGGCUAGCGAGGCGACGCCGAGACCAGCGUUCGAGCACAAGGGAACAAGGAAGAAGGAAGGGAAGAGAAAAGGAGGAGGAGGACCAGCGCCAUGGGCGGCGGUACGCAGAAGGGCGACCCGGAGCGGAGGUCGUCCGUCCUCUCCCUAGACUCGGAGGACGAGAACAAGCUGGUGGAGGUGAAGACGGGAUGCUGCGGCCUGGAUCCCACGACGGGGCGGGGCAAGCAGAUCCACCUGGCGCAGAUGCUGCUCCUGCCCUUCGUGCCCAUCAUGGCCCUCAUCAUACAGAACGGACUCAACAUGGUUAACGUCCUGCAGUACCAGUACGAGAUGCAGGAGACCAUCGAUCAGGUCCAGAUCAGCACGGGCCUGGGCAACGUGACGGAGGCGCUGCAGUCGGAGCGCGCCGAGAUCGGGUUCUACCUCUUCACCAACGGCUCGGUGAUCCGGGGCAACCUGACGGAGCACUUCGCCUACACCAACAAGCUCCUGGACGAGCUCAAGUGGCCGGUGUUCCGGACGGACCACGAGCUCUUCAACAACAAGAUCCUGUUCCGCAUCCGCCUCGACGACUUCCGGGACAAGAUCACCAAGUUCGACACGCCAUCUAUUGACGCCGGGAUCAAGUUCUACAACAGGGCGAACUAUAUCUUUCUGGACCAGGUCACUGCUUAUAUGAAAUAUACGGCUUUAACAAUCCAAACUAUAUCAUGGUACUGA